AUGUCGGCCUCUGAUACCACUACCAUUGGCAUCUUCAAGGCGAAGAGGAGCACCACCGCGUCGGACAAAUCAGCCAGCUACCGCGUGUUCCACACUCCAGAACUGCUCGAGAACAUACUUCUCAAGACCAUGGAGCUACCCACCUGGAGCCGCACGGCCUUGGGGCUCGCUCACUUGGACAAGACCCUGAAGCUGACCAUCUGGGAUCGCAAGUCCGUCUGCUCGCAGAUGAAGACGCUUCUCCUCAGCCAGCGGGUCUGCAUGGCAUUCCGCCGCAUAAUCCAACGAUCCAUCCAUCUGCAGCGCGAGCUCUGGCUGCUUCCGCCGGCGACACCACUCGGAUUCAUCCGUCUCAACCCACUGUUCAGCGCGGACAAAUAUGCCUACUCGAUACGCAAUCAAGUUCCAUUCACCAAGAUCACUGUUUGCAGUACGCCGCAUUCUCAGACAUCGAUGCAUUUGAACCAUCACAUGUGGGAGGAGAGACCGGGAAGCUGGCAGAAGAUGCGCGUUACUUGGAGUGAAGAAUGGGAGAGCUACAUCAACUACUCGAAGCGUGAUUCUCACUCUCACGAUUUGCAAUUCACUAUGCAGUUUCCGGGUUGCCCUACUGCUGAUGAUGUUGUCGAGAAGAUCAAGCUGCAAAUGAAGCUGGCAUGUCCGCAGAAAGGUCACGCCGAUAUGUUUGGUUGA